AUGUCAUCAUCAAAUCAACAACAAAAUGCUAAUCGCAAUCAACAACAACAAAAUCAACAAAAUCAAAAUCAACAAAAUCAAAAUCAAAACCAACAAAACCAAAAUGCCCAACAACAAUUAGGAGGUGCUGGUUCAAAUCAAGCUAAUCAAAAUUCUAAUCGUGGUCAACAACAACAAAAUCAACAAGAUCAACAAAAUCAACAAAACCAGCAACAACGAAAUCAACAACAAAACCAACAACAAGGUGGUGCUGGUAACAACCAACAACGUCAAUAA